UGUAAGCAGUCAGUUGUUUCGGUGCUGCCGGUCGAGGAUGAAGUGGGGUCGUAUGGCGGUCUCAUGUGUCGUUUGCGAACUCGUUACAAGUUUAAUUCCGCAAAAUGUAUUUGUUUUAUACACGAAAUAGUAAAAGUGUUUUCUAUGUGAGUUAGUGUGAACAGUCUUACUAUAUGCAUGAUGUAUUCAGUUGGAUGUCGCACGUGAUAUUAACAGAAUUUUUUUGUUUUUCGUUCGUGCUAUGUCCAACGAACAACAGUACUUCAGGAUCUACUCUUUCAAAAAAGUCACGUCUGAAGCCUAUGGUCACAAUGAAGUUUUAGUCGUUCUAAUGUGCGUGAUACUUAAUUUGAAUAUCGUAUCGGCGUUGAUGUAAUCUGGCGCGUGUGUUUGACAUUUGUUCCGGGUGUGGUGUAAGACGCUACUCUGUUUUGUGUGUGUAUAUUGUGCUACUCUUGAUUGACGUCAUUUCCACGGCGUCUACGAAGAUAAGACAUGCCGGCGAGGAACAACAGUCGUUCUGACUCGAUAUCGUGAUAAAUUGCAUCUUUCCGUGUGUAAAUCAGUGAAAUAGUGUGGACAGGAAUAUGGCCUGUUGCCGGUGCCGAGUACAGACCGCAGAGAGAGUUUCGCUGACGGGAUUUCUCACGCUAGUAACGGUCUUCUUGCUUCUGUCACCCAUCGCGACCCUCGGCUUCAGCAAGUACGAGACGCCUGACCAAUGCGCCGGAAGUGCAAACAAUGAGAUGAGCUCCGGUCGCAUGUCGGUGUUAUGCAAGGUGCGAACUUUGGACGGGGAGGGAAACAACCUCAGUGCCCUUCAAGUGGAAGGCACAGCGCGGCUGCGGGUUCAGUGUAGCCAGGUACUGCUUUUCGAAAGCUCUUUGCCACCCCGCGUCUUUCAAAGACUAGGCCAGCUCGAGGAAUUGAUUAUCGAGGACUGUAAAAUUCUACAGUUACCACCUGAUGCGUUCAGUGGACUCCGAGAUUUGAAACGGUUAACGAUUAACACGCACAAUGAGGAGUGGGGCUCUAGCAAGUCACUUGAAGUAGCUCCGAGCAGUUUGCACGGGCUUAAAGAACUCCAGAUGCUGAAUCUCUCCGACAACAACAUUCGUUCUCUAUCGGAAGACGCAUUUUGUCACUUGGGAAAUCUUCAGACUUUAAAUUUAACACGAAAUCGCAUUCGUGACGCUGAUAUGUUGGGAUUCGUACCGAGGCGAAAUAUGGGUCUAUACGAAACCAGCUCCAGUGUUCCCAGGCUCGAGUGUGGUGGUGGGCUCGAUGUCAGGACUCUAGACGUGUCCUGGAACCAACUCCAGAUCCUCCCUGCCGAUUCAGGGAUCACAAGUCUUCGACAACUCCAGCAUCUAUAUCUGGAGCAUAAUGAACUGGCAGAGGUUCACGGAGACGCCUUGUCCGGCUUAACCUCUUUGAGGAUCCUCAAUAUGUCGAACAACAAGUUAGAGUCUUUGCCUGGAGGUUUGUUUGCUAGUUCCAAGGAGUUGCGUGAGAUCUACCUGCAGAACAACUGUCUGUACGAGAUGGCGCGCGGUCUUUUUCGCCGCCUGGAGCAGCUGCUCGUGCUAGACCUGUCACACAACCAGUUGAGUAGCAGCCACAUUGACAACGGAACUUUCGUCGGCCUGAUCAGACUUAUAGUCCUGAACCUCUCUCACAAUGAUAUUACCCGUAUCGGCGUCCGUACAUUCAAGGAUCUAUUUUUCCUUCAGAUUCUUGAUUUGAAGAACAAUUCUAUAGGUUACAUAGAAGACAACGCUUUCCUUCCUCUAUAUAACCUGCACACCCUAAACUUGGCUGAUAAUAGACUUCGUCACAUCAGCGCUCUGCUCUACAACGGACUCUUUGUGCUAAGCAAGCUGACACUCAGCAAUAAUUUGAUCGUUAAUAUUGACACUCAGGCGUUUAAAAAUUGUUCCGACUUGAAAGAACUCGACCUGAGUUCGAACGCUUUGACGAAAGUACCUGAGGCACUGAAGGAACUGUCCUUCCUUAAAACAUUGGAUUUGGGUGAAAACCAAAUUAGUGACUUUCAUAAUGGCUCGUUUAAAAAUCUCCAACAGUUGAAUGGUCUUCGUUUAAUCAGUAACAGUAUUGGUAACUUGACUAGAGGCAUGUUUUGGGACCUCACAAGUCUUCAGGUACUUAAUCUUGCCAAGAAUAAAGUCCAGGAUAUCGAGCGGGGUACGUUUCAAAACAACGCGCAGCUGGAAGCCAUACGCCUCGACGCCAACUUCCUCAGCGACAUCAACGGCGUCUUUAACACGCUCUCCAGUCUUCUGUGGCUCAACUUGUCUGACAACCAUCUUGUUUGGUUCGACUUCGCAUUCGUCCCGGUGAACCUCAAUUGGCUAGACAUUCACGCCAACUACAUCGAACGACUGGAUAAUUAUUUCAAGAUUCAGACAGGACUUCACAUCAAGACUCUGGACGCCAGCCAUAACAGAAUAACUGAAAUAUCCACCAUGUCCAUUCCCAACAGCAUACAGUUAUUAUUUAUAAAUAAUAAUAUGAUAUCUCUGGUUCACACAAACACUUUCUUGGACAAACAUGAUCUCGUGAGGGUCGACAUAUAUGCCAAUGAACUCGUGAAGCUGAGCAUGAACGCACUAAGAUUGUCUCCAGUUCCUGAGAACAAAACUCUCCCAGAAUUUUACAUAGGUGGAAAUCCAUUUCAGUGUGACUGUUCAAUGGAUUGGCUUCAGAUGGUAAACGACAUGACCCAACUCCGCCAACACCCUAGAAUCAUGGACUUGGAUAAUAUCAUCUGUGAGAUGACGUAUUCCCGUGGCUUGCCGACGCUGUCUGCUAUUGACGCCAAACCUUCCCAGUUCCUGUGCACCUACGAGACCCACUGUUUCGCCUUGUGUCAUUGUUGCGAUUUUGACGCCUGCGACUGUGAGAUGAUGUGCCCAUCUAACUGUACUUGCUAUCAUGAUCAGACGUGGACAACCAACGUCGUGGACUGUUCGGGUCUUGGUACGAGUCAGAUACCACACCGGAUUCCAAUGGAUGCCACCGAGCUUUAUUUGGACGGAAAUAACUUCGGCGAACUGCAGAAUCACGUGUUUAUUGGCCGUAAAAAUAUGCGAAUUCUGUACGUUAACGCCAGCCGAGUGGAGACUAUUCAGAAUCGUACUUUCAAUGGACUUAAUUCUCUUCAGAUUCUUCAUCUUGAAGAUAACAGAAUCCAUGAACUGAAGGGUUUCGAGUUCGAGCACUUGUCACAUCUCAAAGAACUUUAUCUGCAGAACAAUAUAAUUGCAUUUAUUGGUAACGUCACUCUUCUACCACUAAGAUCUUUGGAAAUAUUAAGGCUGGACGGAAAUCGUUUGAAGACUUUUCCCGUCUGGCAACUUACGCUAAAUUCGUAUCUCGUGGAGAUAACGUUGGGUAAGAACAAUUGGUCUUGUCGCUGCAAGUUCCUCCAAGAACUGAAGAUCUGGGUAGCGGACAAUGCUCGCAAAGUGAUUGACAGCGAGGACAUUACGUGCCUCAACAACGAAACUAAACCUCCGGAGCGACGGGCUGUGGAUUUGAACAAUACUGCUUGUGUUGAUUAUUAUUCUGGUGGGUCUGUCAUCGAGAGAUUUAUCGUUUCUGACUAUUUGCCCAUGGUCAUUGUUACUCUAUCAGCCUUCGUAUUGGUGCUCCUGCUUACUGUACUUGUGUUUGUGUUCCGGGAACCAGUUAGGGUGUGGGUGUAUUCGCGUUAUGGAAUUCGUUUGUUUCACUUCAAAGCUGGCUCCGCUAAACACUACGGUGAGGACCGCGAGAAGCUGUACGAUGGUUACGUAUGUUACAGCCCCAAGGAUGAGGAAUUUGUAUUGCAGUCCAUUGUCGCGGAAUUAGAACAAGGCAACCCUUCCUUUCAGUUGUGUUUACAUUACCGUGAUCUGGUGCAUCACGCCUACAUGCAACUCUCCACUUCUCCCGUUGUGAUGGAAGCGGCUGAAGCCAGUCGCAGGGUUAUCCUUGUCUUGUCUCGCAACUUCUUGCAGACAGAAUGGUCCCGGCUCGAGUUCCGGUCGGCACUGCAUGAAGCUCUCAAGGGACGGGUCUUUAAGUUAGUCAUCGUAGAAGAGGGCACUAGCUUACCGGAGGCAGAAUUGGACCCUGACCUGAGGCCUUAUCUGAAGACUGGAGCCCGAAUUCGUUGGGGUGAGAAGCGGUUUUGGGAAAAACUGAGGUACGCGAUGCCUAACGGCGCCAGCCAACGCAAAAGUUCCAUGUACCGACAGAAUAUCAAUAAUUACACUCUAGAUUCUGGAGUAGGCAACGGAACUCAUCACCACGCGUAUCUAGAAAAGACCAAACAUCCUCAUUCGGCAUCACCUACCCUGCAGAUGCACAUCAAUAACCACCCGCUUUUCCAGGCGGCCGCGGCGACCAACAACGAGGCUCCACACAUCGUGGUCCCCCCUUCAUACUCCUCGACAGCCACUCUGCCAAGAACUCCUCUCAAACAUCGCAGCAAUCACCAAGAAGUGGGGCACGAAAACGAAGAAACCAACUACUCGUCGGCGACCACCGCAACCCCAUCACCCAGACCAGCUCACAGGCACGACAAGCGUCCUCACAAUGAUUUUAUUUUGGGGGCGGUCGUUGGGCACGAUUCAGAAUCGAGCUCAAGUCCUCGCCCCAUCUCUGAGCACAUUUACUCUUCUAUAGACUCGGACUAUUCUACGCUGGAGAGAAAGGCGUCAGGGAUGCCGAGGGGGAUGUACCAACAGCAACAGCAGCGCAGGCAACCGUGGAGGACUGCUGGAGCUGGUCCCGUCAGAGAUAAGAGUGGCGUAAAGUCGUAUCUGGUGUGACGCGAGCAGAUACUUGCUGUGCAGGCCAGGAUGGCGCGGAUGCUGCAAAGACAACAGCAGUUUUUUUGUUUUGGCAAAGUUAGUGCAGCAAAAAAAAAGAAGAAGAAGAAGAAGAAGAGAGAGAGAGAAAAGGGGGCAUAUGAAUCGUGGGAAAGUAUCAGCUGCUGCUACACACGAGUUUUGAC